AUGCCAUUUGAUUCACUCGAUGCAAAAACUCACGUCUGCAGCCGGCAUCUUACACUAAGCAGAUCAACAUUUCCCUGUUCCAGCUCGUCAGAUGCGACGGUGAAUUUUCGCGCAAUGUUCGGUGCCCUUCUUCGAAAAAGUUUGAAGACCCAACAGCAAUCAUUUCAAACGUUCCAAAAAUAUCUAAGAAUACGUACACCUUAUGUAACAGACUGGUCCUUAUUUUCAAUGAGACCUUGCCUAAGAAUUCGAAAACGAUGCUCAGAAUGCAGUUCCAUGAAUCAACAUCAUUCAGGAAGAUAUCAAAGUCUCCACUCAAGAACUGGAAAUAGUAGUAUCCUUGAGGCAUCUACCAAGCAAUUAUUGUGUGAAAUACAUACAUUUCUUCUGUCUGGAACAAAUAACAUCGGGGAUGGAUUUAUAAAUGACGUAAUCAAAUCUAACGACUGGUGUGUUUUCAGUUCCAUUUCAUCUAGGUAUGAGAGGGAUAUAUAUCUGUUGCGACAAAUUGCCAGUAUAUCGUCUAGAAUAUAUAACAGAUACAAAACUGUAUUCUUAUAA